GUUUUUCUCGUUAUUUCCCAUAUUAGGACGAUAUCACCAAAUAUGGUAGGACAGUUUUUGGCGCGAAAUCUGAUCACGUGGUUAAACAGCUUUGCGGCAUCGAAGCUUCUAUCAGUCGGAAAGUUUCUUGUCCUCGAUUUUGGUGAAAUUGUCGUCUUGAAAAUGGCUUUAGACAACGAACAAUACUUACGACAGCUUCAGAGAGAAUAUCUUGACUUUCUGGAUGACGAUGUAAGUGAAUUUUUGAAUUGCUUUCGAUGAAAUCGCACAUUGAGUUGAGUUGGCACAUGUACUUCGUACUUCUACAUUCUAGCUUUCGUCGAUGAGUACAUUUCAAGUAUUCAGCUGCUGCUUUUAAACUCUUUGAUAUCUUUCAGUCUUGUGGUAUUGCUCUUCAUACGUUAUUAGGUUUUGAAAACUUAGUUAGAUUAUCAGUUAACAGCUAUUUCAAGGACACUCACAUGUGUUCAGAUUCCCGGGAAAAUUGGAUUCGGUUCAUUGUAUUCUGCAUUUUUCACUGUACACUAAUUUGCAUGAAUUUGUACUUUAGCAUAUUUCGUCCCUGCAAACCGCGCUAAUAUGGUUACUUUGCCAUAUUAUUGUCCCCUGUCGCUACGCCACUUUUCGUUUGGGAAGUAUUAAAUUCGAACAACGGAAUCAGUACUGUCAAAGUUUAUGUUGUCCACUGUCAUUAAAAUGCUGCAAAGAUCGACGCCAAUUCUCUGCUUUAAAAUAAUUUUAAAUGACUUUUUUGGUUGUUAUUUAAAAAAGAACUCUUUUAGUUGCUGUAGAACUCGUUUAAUGAAGGUAUUUAAUUGUCUUUCUAAAUUUUUAAUCUUAUAAAGCAUGCAAAUAUUUAAUUUAAAUUGAUAUAUUUUUAUAUCUUUGUACAGGAGGAUCAGGGAAUUUAUCAUGGCAAAGUUCGUGAUAUGAUCGGGAAAAAUGAGUGCAGGCUAAUUGUAAAUAUAAAUGACUUGAGAAGGAAAAACGAAAAAAGAGCAACAGAGUAAGUAUAUCUGGAGAUAUCUCUCAGACUUGCAACUGGCGGCUUGCUCUCUAUGGCAUUGGUUUCAGUGGGUUGUCUGAUGUUUGAGAAACCAUCUUCAAUCUUGGACCAAAUAGGUGGACAAUUUAGUUCCCCAUUUGAAGAACAGUAAAAUGGCAUAUUUAGCCUCCUCAAGGCUUCAUCCUUCAUUUGAAGGGAAUGAUGUGUUUACUUCUCCAUUUUAUCCUGUCCAAGAUUGCAAUCAUGGACAAAAUAGGUGGAAAAAUUUAGAUCCCUCUUGAUUGCAGUCUUGGAAAAAAGGGAUGGGAAAUUUAGACCUCCCUACCCCUAAAUCAACAAUGGAAAAUGGCAAAUUUUUGCCUUUGAGAGGCAUCAUCCUUGAUUUCAGGGAGGGGGUGGGGGUGGCAGGUUAGGGACUGGUUCCUUUUGUUAGACCCACUAUAAUCCACUUAACUUAAACAGUCUUUAAGAAAUUUGUGUAUUUAAACUACCUUCUUCUUUUUUCAGAUUGCUAAACAAUUCUUUUGAGGAGUUGAUUGCAUUUCAGGUAUGUUUUUUUUUUUAAGUUAUGUUUUCUUUUAAGUUAUUGUCAUCCCAGAUAUUAUCGCUUUUAGGAAAUGUAGUUCUCACUUGUUAGAUGGACUAUGAGCAAUGUUUGAUGGAAACAAAUUCUUCUUAAGACAACACUGUGCCUCAUUCUAACACAAAUUUUUUUAGAAGGGAUGGCUUUCUUACUUUAAUUAGUCAUUCAAAAAUAUUACUAAUUCAAUUUAAAAACUUUCUUUUCCUCAGAAUGCUCUAAAAGAGUUUGUUAGCUCUGCUGAUACAGCAUAUGGGAAGAAACAUGAAGAGUUCUUUGUUGGAUUUGAUGGAAGGUACCUGAGGCCUGACAACAGUUUUUUAUUUUUUCACCUGAUGAAUUCUCAUAAAAAUAAAUUGAAAAAUUAUUAUAUAAUAUUCUCUUUUACUAGAUAAAUUUUACUCGGUAACUUUCUUUCCAUUCCUUUCUAGUUUUGGCUCAAAGCAUGUUACACCCAGGACACUCUCAGCUCAUUUUAUUGGAAACAUGGUCUGUGUGGAGGGCAUUGUAACUAAAUGUAAGUGAGCUUGUUAAUAACAUUCUCUCUGCCUUGAAUGUGCUCUCUGAUCUUAAAUAAAUGUCUUUUUUGUUAAUAUAUUUUGCUUUGAUUUGCAGGUUCUCUUGUGAGGCCCAAAGUUGUUCGAAGUGUUCACUACUGUCCACAAACGAAGAAAACGCUGAUCCGUAGAUACACUGACCUGACGUCCCUUGAUGCUUUCCCAUCAAGCACAGUUUAUCCUACAAAGGUAUUUCAAAGUGUGCAUUUCUCUUCAAUAAUGACCAUGUUCUUUGUUAUUACUUGUAAAUUUUUGUAUGUACAUAACUGAUGUAGAUGCUUAACGUUUUUCGCCCUAAAGGAUGAAGAUGGUAACCCACUGGAAACUGAAUAUGGUUUAUCAACUUACAAGGAUCACCAAACAUUUACAAUUCAGGUAAAAUAUUGGUAUCUUUGGUUUGUCCAAAUGGCUUCUUUGCUAGUUGAAUUUCUGCAGUGGCAUUCAACUCUUUUUUUUGCUUGCAGGAAAUGCCAGAAAAAGCCCCUGCAGGACAGCUGCCUCGUUCAGUAGACAUCAUUUCUGAUAAUGACCUGGUAGAUAAAUGCAAGGUGUGUAAUAUGAACUGCCAUUUGUUUCUUAAAAAAGAUCCAUAAUCUUUAGUAAGGUGUUAGAAAACUAGUAUACUACAUCGUAUCUGAGGCGGAUCUUUACCAACACCUCAAAUGUACAUUCACACAAUCUUAGAAAUUCUGAGUUAAAUUAUUAUGUCCCCAGACCCAAAACUGAGUCUGCAAAGAGGAGCCUACACUACAGAGGAUCUGUUCUGUGGAACAAGAUUCCCUCAGAGAUUAGAAAACUGCCUAGUUUAAAUGUUUUUAAAACUUCAAUUCAUGGGGAAGAUUUUUCUAAUACACCAUGACCCAUUGUAACUCUUAUUAUUCAUAAUGUAAGUUUUUGUAUUUUUAACAUUAUAGUCAAUAGUUCCUUAGUCUUUUAGUUUUAGUAUUUUAGUCUAGUUUUAAACACGAUUCCUAGGAAGACCAUGUAAAAUGAUACGAUUUCGUGUAUAAAUAAAGAUUGAUGAUGAUGAUGAUGAUGAUGAUGAUGAUGAUGAUGAUGAUGAUGAUGAUGAUGUUACUGGGGACUGAGAACAUACUUUGUCACACUGAUAGAUUGGUUAAUUUUGAAAUAUCCAUCAUCGCGUCCCCAAAAGAAGACAGAGAGAUCUCAAGGUUAAAACUGUUUUAAAAACAGAAAUCACCAAAGUGGAAUUUCAAGAGGAUUCAUUCACCAGCAAGACCAUCCAUUAGACUCUCUGGAUUAAACAUGAUAAACAAUAAAAUGAUGUCCUUUUUUUUUAUUUUUCAUGAAGCCCGGUGACAGAGUGCAAGUGAUUGGAAUGUAUCGCUGCCUUCCUUCCAAGAGAUCUGGUUUUACACCAGGAACUUUCAGGUAAAUUAAUACCAUAGAAUCCCAAUUUCUUGAACCAUCAGUAUUCAUCACAAGGGGUAUAGAAUUGUAAAUUCGAGACUUUGCAAGACUGUAAAACCCUGGUUUCAGAAUUCAAGACCAACACUUUAGCGUUUUUAUCAAAUCCAAGACUGAGACUUUUCUUCUAAAAAAUCCAAGCCCAAGACUCUUAAGUGCCAAAAAUUUCAAGAUAAUGGUAGAAAUAAAGCUAAAUAAAAUGACUUGGAAUGUCAAAAGAAGCUUUUGGAAGCCCACCAAUAUACUGCUUUAGCUAAUGCAAGUUGUGUGCCACCAUCUUGUUUUACUCUUAAUCUCUUAGUUCAGUUGGAUAAGCUGUACCCAUAAACUCGGAAAAAUUUGACUCCUGGUAACCAAAAGAAAAGAAAAAAUGACAAAUCCGAGACUCAGAGACCUGUUGGCAAAGAAAAAAAUUGAGACUCCGAGAUGCAAAUAACAUGCAAAAACGAGACAUUGAGACCCAUAAAUGCUUCUAAGAUUUCAAGAUCAGGCCAAAAUUUCCUGAGACCCAUGUUCAACAUUUUUAGCUGACCAUUCACCACCCUUAAUACAGUUGAUAGUGCAAACCAAAACUGGGGACUCCCUUCCCUAUUCGAGAGCUCCUGCCUGCUGGGGUAAAAUUCUGACAAGGGACAUUGCCUUAAAACUGUGACAUAAAACUAUAUUAAAUGAAGGGUUCUCAAUAGGAUUUGAAGUAAACAUCUGUCCAACCUGAGCUGAGCUGAGAGAAAAGGAGGGGUUGUACACUAGGGAGGAAACUAAGGCAGGUUCCCAAUGAAAAUUUUUAAAUAUUGAAGCUCUGAAAUGCAAUUCCCAAAAAGUAUUCCCAAAAAGUAGAUUAUUGCUCAAACCUCCAAGUAGCCGGUUUUUAGCUGGCUGCUGGCACUCAAUGAGAACCCUGAUAUUUACUUAAGGUUAAAUCAAAGAGACAAUGCAAUAAAUGUCUUUAUUUCUAUAGAACCGUUCUGAUUGCUAAUCACAUUCAAGUUAUGAGCAAGGAGAUUGCACCCCAUUUCUCUGCUAGUGAUGUCUCCAAUGUCAAGAAGUUUAGUCGCCGCAAGAAGGUACUUGUUUUUAAUUUAACCUUUGUCCUUCCUCCUCAAAAUUUCCACCUAGCCAUAAUACCAUCACUGGAUAUGUCGUGGUUCAAUUUUAUCCUUGGUUUAAAUUUAUGUUCCUUUGUUUCAAACUCAUUAUCAUAAAUUACCAUACCCAAAAGCAAAGGAAAUGACAUUUUAAACCAACUAUAAAAUUGAGCCACAACUUAUACACUCAACUGCAAAAAAGUCCAGUAAAAUGCAUAAACCUUUCAAAAUGAGACGUAAUAGAAUUAUCAGAAUACAAGUUUAUUUGUAUUGCAAAUAAAGAUUGCUCUUUACAAGCUAAGGGCUUCGUUUUUGUUGGCGACAGCUGCACCUGAGUGCAUAUUAUGAUUUCUCAGAAAACUCUUUGCAGAGCAUGGAACAAAACAACAAGUUUUAUCAAUAGCAUAACAAAAGAACUGAUGUAGUCAUACAGCCCAUAAAUGUGCAUUUUCAAAUUCAUUAAUAGUUUAUCACUUCCCAGGAAUCCUUCCAGUGUCACUCUGCAGAUCUGUCUUAUGUUACACUGCCCUUCUAUUUCCAGCAGGAUGUCUUUGAAACCCUUGCCCAGUCAUUAGCACCAUCAAUCCAUGGUCAUGAAUACAUUAAAAGAGCAGUGCUAUGCCUUCUUUUGGGUGGAACAGAGAAAGUCUUGGAAAAUGGAACAAGACUGAGAGGGUAGGUUAAAAAAAGUAACAUCUAGAUAGUUUCUUUCAAACAAGAUAUCUGAGUCUCAGGAAUCACAAUGUACCCACCAGCCUCUUAUUGUAAACCUAACAGCUGAAAAAAAAAUGAUUCAGUUUAAAUGACUUAAAAUUACUGAAUUAGGAAAGCAUGAUUCAUACAGCUCUCUAAGAUCUCAUCCUCAGUGGAUUUUUGUGACCGGUAAUGUGGAACUAAAGAAUUAAAAAGUCAGGGCUGUCACGAAGGGCCAGGGACGAGGGACCAGGGAUUUCCCCCGGCUACUAUGAGCAGCACCCUCAAGCUACUUCCUAUAACCCUUUGAGUGCCAAUAGUGACCAACAUCAAUUUUCUCCUAACAAUAUCCAUACAAUGUGAAGAGAUUAGGUUAUGAGAAUUAAUAAAGUGAUCACCUGAGAGAAAAUGCUUUGAUCUUUUAUCAAAUUCUCUCAACUCAUUCUUUAAGAAAAUAUAUAGAGAUCAGUUUGGAGAAUUUGUACAUGUAUAUUGGGGCUUAAACAGAUAAAGAACUUCCUAGCUGCUCAAUUCCCUACCUUCAAAUUGCAUUUAAUGGGCAACUUGAAAUCUUAGUGAAAGCCUCAACAUUAGGUAGUUGAUGGUUAUAACUUCAAAUUAAAAGAACAUCCUUAAUGUCCAUUGUUACCUUAUUUUUCAGUGACAUAAAUGUUCUUUUGAUUGGUGAUCCUUCUACUGCCAAGUCACAGAUGCUGAGGUAAGAAAGGGUUAGGGUCAUGGAAAUAAAAGUGUGUACUACAGUGGUGGGCAAGUAAAACACAAAUUGUUUUUAUCAACUUAGUUGUCAAGGAAAUUUGCCUUGUAGGCAGAUUCAAAAGCUGAGGUUUUCUCAGAUCAAAUCAAGGAUUGUGGGUCUUACAUCAUUUGUAUAUGCAGGAGAGAAGUAAUGCUAUGCUAUGGGUAGGGAACGUGGUAAUGUAAUAACAUUUUGUUUUAAGUUUUAUCUUAUUUACAAUCAGUAACCCUAACCCUCUUUGAUUUUAGGUAUGUCCUACACUCUGCUCCUCGUGCCAUUCCAACAACUGGGCGUGGCUCAUCAGGAGUCGGCUUGACAGCUGCAGUGACCACAGAUCCAGAGACAGGUAAUCACAUCUUGUUUUUGUCUUUUGCAGUUAUACACUAUUUAUUUUAACUCUAUACAUCCCAAACACAACAUGCGUGGGGGGACUUGGAGAGAACUUGAAUUCUAGUUUGUCCUUUGGCUUGGGGCAAGCCAUUCUCACAUUUUGCUUUUCCAGGGUUAUUGAAUGUGUCUUUGUUUUAUGAUUUAGUUAAAAGGUGACUUGCAAGGUCUUUGUCCACUGGGGAAAGGAACCUAAAAAGUUACUUACCUGCCAGGAAAGUCUAUUUCUCCCAGUACAAUGGACCUCACUUUUUUCGUUCCCUGAAUAUCUAAACAUUAAGAGAAUAAGAUUCCAGAAAAUUAACACAACUCCAGUAGCACAUAUAGCAGAAUGGAGUCGGGCCCCCCUCCCUGAUCACAAGGUCUGGAUAAUUACCCCCCCCCCUCCCCCCCACUCCUCUUUAUGACAAUCUGGAACUUUUACUGAACUUUUUACUUAUUUUUGUUUAUUACUGUCUUUGACAGGUGAGCGUCGCCUGGAAGCAGGAGCCAUGGUGCUUGCUGAUAGGGGUGUUGUCUGUAUUGACGAGUUUGACAAGGUACCAAGACUUGCAGAUAAUUUCAUUCACCAUAAUUUUUGCUUGCUUUGAAAAAGGUGUGAAGUAUACUGCAUCUUUAAUAAUAUAAAAAUGAAUGAAUUUGAUGGUGUUGCUGAGCCAGAGAUAAUAAUAUUAUUAAUUAAAUAUAAUAUUAUAUUACAAGUUUAAUGCAAAUUGCAUAAAAAGCAUGAUUAUGUGUACUUUUUAAGGCACAGUAGGCAGUUUGAUGUUCUGACAUGAUGUUUUUUGUUUUAGGCAGGAUAUUAAUUCUGUAAAAACAAUUUAAAUACUCCACAUGCAAAGAAAGUAGUGUUGGAUAGCCCGUGGCUAGUGUAUUUUGCUACUUUAUUUUGCCCUAUGGGAAAGUGAAGUUUUGAUGGGGUAUUCAAACCACAGAAGUAACUUUUGAAGUGACUUUGGGGCUAGUACAUGCUUGCUGCAACAUGCCUGAAUGGCAAGCAGUAAAACUGACUUUCUUUGCACCCUGAUACUACUUUUAGGUGCUUAGUUACUGGUUUAGUAUAAGUUAUAACCUUUUUCCUUGUGUGACCUCAAACAGUUAUAGCCAAUUUAUACUUUCAUGCAGGUCACUUCAUAAGUUUGUUUGCAGAUUUAAACCAAGUCACUUUAUGUUGUUUUCUUAUGUUUAGAGCUACUGUAGGUAUACAGCCAAAGAAUAAUAUUUUUUGUUUGUUUGUAUUUUUUGUUUUAAGAUGAGUGAUCUUGAUCGUACAGCUAUUCAUGAGGUCAUGGAGCAGGGAAGGGUUACCAUCUCCAAGGCUGGAAUUCAUGCAAAGCUCAAUGCUCGGUGCUCUGUUUUAGCUGCUGCUAAUCCUGUUUAUGGCAGGGUAUGGAAAGAGACUUGCUACUGUUUGCAGACUGUUUGACUGUGUCGUUACAUUUUUUCUCCCCAAAGCCACACUUUGAGGACAAAGCUAUUUCCUUUUUCAUCCUGCUCUACUUGGGAGCCUGUUCGCAGGCUAGCAAUACUGCUCCAUAGUUAAAAGAGUGUAUUGGCCAUGAAGCCUGUUAGACUCCUUCGUUAUAUGUUGUUGCGGACUUGACAUUACGCUGGGACUGGCAAUAAGUGUCUGUAAUUUAGAAGUGUCUGCCUUAAUUAUAGAGAGUCAAUAAAAAUGACCGACAGUAAUAAAGGAAGCAGCACUAGGUGUCAAUUUUUGGCAGGUUUCUGUUUUAAAUAGAUUGUUCUUUUGUGUUAAGAGAGAAUCAACUCUCUUUUGCCGCCAUCUUUGAUCUUGCACCUUUAAUUCUGAAUCCAUUUUUGUUACUGUCUUUCUAGUAUGAUGAGUAUAAGAACCCCAUGGAUAACAUUGGAAUGCAGGAUUCUCUUCUAUCUCGUUUUGAUCUGCUGUUCAUCGUUCUUGAUCAAGUAAGUCAAUUAAUUCAUUGUUAAACUUCAGUAUCUAAUUAGUCAUUAAAAGGGAGAUGUGCAAGAGACUGCACAUUCAUUGUCAAUUUUUGGAUAGAGUCCACGGAGGACUUUAUAAGCACUGCGCUUUGGCUGUGAUGGGCACUGGUUGUAGUUCUGCUUGACUGCCAUGGGCAUCCUCAACCAAAUUGUUGCCAGGGCAAUGUUUGCCCAGAGGGCCAAAGUUGUGGGCCAAUUUUAAGACUUUACACCCAGGGCAUUUACUGGUCUAAAGGGUUUAACCAUAAUGAGGUAACCGAAAAUAAAAUGAAUAAAUAAAGCAAUCCAGUAGCAUAAUAAUAUUAUGUCACUGACAAGCUACCAGCAAAAAGUGAAAAAUGAUGACUGACAAUAUGGUGCUUAGGAUUACUUGCACAAUGGAACCUUCAACUAGCCUGUUCCAUGCUCUAAGAUAUUUUUGCACUAGUCAUGCAGCUUAAGUGGUUACCACCCCCUUCCUCAGAUUGUGUGCAUCUUAUUUUCGUUUGGUUUGUUUAAUUUUCACGAUGUGCCUACUUCUGAGAGCCUAGCACAAAGAAGUGUAUGCCCAAAGAGUGUAACUUUUUUUAACUUUUUUAUAAAGAGAAGUAGGGUGUUGUAUUAUGCCAUUUUCAUGUUGUUUCUGUUUUAACUAGAUGGACCCUGACAAUGAUCGCAAAAUCUCAGAGCAUGUACUGAGGAUGCACAGAUACAGAAAACCUGGAGAGCAGGAGGGGGAGGGUGAGUAGGUUAAACAUUAGCAGGGUGGGGUGAGGGAGCAAAUAUCAAAAUUCACGAAUGUGAGGGAUAGGAAGUGGAACUCGUAAAAUGGUAGCUGUAAAUAAGACAUUUACCAGAUGGUAAAUGCAGUUAAUGGAACAUGAAGCCCCAGAGGGGGUAGGCUUAGGUAGCCUGCCCCAAUGUAUGCUCGGUUGUAUCUUCAAAGCCUUAUUUAUGAAUGAAAGCAUGCUAAUUUUAAGAUACAAACAAAAGCUGUUCAUGGCUGGAACUGGACUAGUUUGUCGUAUGUUUGUCAUCAUAUGCACAGCAUUGUUGGACAAAAGUGUUUUAACCUUAUCUAUUGUCGUUGCCUGCACUCCAUAACCUUUGGUUAUUACUACUCUGUAGUUCUAACUUUUGAGUCUGUGGGUGAAAUCCUAUGGUGUAGCCAUUCAAAUGAAACCUCUUCAGCAGUUCUUUCACAGUGUACUAUUUGUUUCUCAACAUUUUACAAAAUGAAAUGGGAAAGAUUUGUUAAAUUUUGAGUUUUGCCACUUUUUGCUGUGAGGAAGUUAAGGGUUUCCUGGAGUUACAUGCCUGAGGACGUAUUUUGUCACUUCUGAUUGGGGUUAUUUUCUAUACUAGCCUUGCCAUUUGGAGUAACAACAGAAACUUUAGCGACGCAAGACCCUGAAGCAGAGGAUGAGGAAACCGAGACACCCAUCUUUGAGAAGCAUGAUGCUAUGCUGCAUGGGCAACGCAAAGACCGCAAGUAAGUUCUAUGUAUUAUUUAUUUUUCUGUUAUUAGGGACCUUAGAACUAAAACUCAGACGGCGCCGGCAACGGGAACGUCAAAAAAGCAAUCAGUUUAAUGAGCAAAAUAACAACUUCACACUCUUUGGUAAAUUUCUUUGGUGUUCCUGCACAACUACGACGUGAAAUGACCAAAUUGACGAAAAUAGCGACGUUUUCAUGGACGUCGCCGUAAUGUAGGAUCGUAUGUUCCCUAGUAUCUUUAACAGAAUGCAAUUUUUACUAGACAAAAGUAGUAGUCAUGGUGGGUUAUCUGAAAUGCACGUUUUGACAAUCUUUGUUUUAUUUCAGAGAGCGAUAUGUGUCUAUGGCAUUUAUGAAGAAGUAUAUUCAUGUUGCAAAGAGUAUCAAGGUAUCUUUAUUUAACAAAUAAAGAAGCCUUGACUGUGCUCUGUUCUGUUGUGAUUGCACGCAAGAAGCGGCUAGGGAACCAAAGAGGUCUUCGAGUGUUUCUCUGUACUUGUUGAGUGCUUAGCCGCUUCUUCAGUGCUUUAUAACAAAACAGAGCACAGUCAAGGCUUCUUUAUUUGUUUCAAUGAUAAAUAAACCGUUAAAUCUCCCCACGCAUUGCUUUCUAAUUUUCAAAACAAACUUUAUUUUCAAAGCAAACGAGUGUGUCGUCAGCAUUGUUUUAUACUCUCAUAAAGCACGCUUUCGCAACCAAUCGGAUUGCGCGUUAUAUCAGAACUUUGUUAUAAGUAAUUUAUAUUGUAAAGGUAGCUUUCAACUUUCUCCUGACAACUCAAAUGGCAAUUCAUUCUUUUUGUCUUUCUUGUGUCUUUUGUUCUCAUUUUAGCCUCGUUUGACAAAAGAAGCGGCAGACAAAAUUUCCAGUAGUUACUCAGAACUGAGAGACCAGGAAAAUGUUGGUAGCGAGAAAGCAAAGGUAUGUUAAGUGAAGACAAAUCUCUUGAAGUUAUUCAGUUAUUCACCUCUCCGUGGUGUGCAAAAGUACUGAACUGACCCGUAAAUAAUGGUUAAACAGCAACAGAAUAUUAACAUUAUUUUUUCUCUCUCUCUCUCAAUUAAUACAAAAUAUAAGAAAGAAACCGUAUUAUGUGUUUUUUGGCGUCAUUCAAUUUUUCAUUCAAUUCUUUUUCUUGUAGACUAUGCCUGUUACAGCGCGAACUUUGGAAACGAUGAUUCGUUUAGCAACUGCUCACGCUAAAGCAAGAAUGAGUAAGGAAAUAACAGAGGUAAGUGGUUCAGUUUUUGGCGGAAUCUUUUCGCCUUUCUUCUUUUCAACAUGUCCUUUGAAACGCCAGGGAGAUGAAAAGUUAUUUAUUUGUUUUCCUAGGAUGAUGCUGAGGCUGCAAUUGACAUGGUGUCAUUUGCAUACUUUCAUAAGGUAAAUAUUUAUCUACUGCAAAGUGUUUACACACCGCUUCUAGAGAAAUUUUUGGUGACUUGAACGAGCUUCUCACGGCACUGGACGAAUUUUCGAUCGGCUGAAAAAUUUGACCGGACACUUGGUCCACGCGAGACCGUUCAAUAUUUUUGCUUUGUUCACACGGCACUUUGAAGGGCCAGGCGUCUAAAUUUCAUAUGGUUAGCUUGGUUCCAUGUGAGCGGAAAACCUGAACGCACCAAUUUUCAAUCGGUCGAAAACUCGUCCAGUGCCGUUGAACGUAGCCUUAGAUUUUCUAUCCUGUGAUAUGAUUGGCUAAAAAUUCGCACAACACUCUCGCGACCAAUCAGGGGUUAAAUGACAGCCAAGACUUGAAUGCGCUUGUUUUCCCGCACUUGGUGCUGGCUACAUAACUAGCUUCACUAUGAUUGGUUCGUUGCCUUAUCAUGCCUGUUGUGAUUGGUUAUUACUCUCUUUUUGGUUUGGCGACAGCUAAUGACCAGUCGUGCUAAAAUGCUGAUUUGCGUUUCACUUUUAUCAGGUGGAAAAAAGAGAAAAGAAGAAAAGGAAGAACGAAUCUGAAGGCGAGCAAAGUGAAGGUGAAGAGGAGGAAGGUGAAUCGCAGGAGAGCCAGUCACAGCAAAGAACAGCCAAAAGGUAAGAAAAUUAAAAACAGUUGUCUUCGAAGGGGUAACACAUUUCCUGGUAAACAAGUCGUUUUCAGUGUGGCCCACAUGGUUAAGAAUGCAAACAGUGGGCUGUUAGGGACCUUAAGCAACUACGACGACGAUCGGCAGUGAAAACAUCACUUAAAAAAUGAAUUUGCGCCCUUCAAACGUCAUCGCGUCUAUCUGAAACCGCUCAAUUCGUCAAAUGUAGGCGACUUUCCCUUGAGUUGAAUUCUCAAAGCCUUUACCCAUGUUGAAAUAGAGAAAGGAAAAUUUGUCAUCGUAUGUCCACGUCCUCCAUAUAACGUCGCAUUGGGAGAUUUCACGUCGUAGUUGUGCAGUGGACGUCAAAGAAAUGUACUAAAAAGCGUGAUGCACGUGCAGAGUUGUUGUUUUGGUCAUAAAACCUAUUGUUUUUUGACGCUGUUGUUGUCGUCGUCGAAGUAGUUGCUUAAGGUCCCUAUUAUCAAGGGUGUCCGUGACCGAGGAUUUGAACUCGGGACUACCAAAAUAAAUCCAGCUAGCGGUCAGGGUGAGACUUACAGCCAGGACCUCCGGAGUACAAUCCCAGCGCUCUAACCGCUCGGCCACGAAAAUAAUUUCGAUAAUCUUUAUGGCAUAUGGACGAAGAGAAUUGGAAAAAAUAAUUAUGAUGACGAAGUGACCAGUCAACUUGGAUCCGCUCAAAAACAGAGAAUAGAAACUAAUUCCGGUCGUGCGGUCUUUAAAACACAGAGUUCAUUUUGCUACCUCGUAUGAUGUCUCAUAGCCCUCGAAAUAAAUCCCGUUUUUUAGUUUCAGGUCAGACUUGUUAAGAUAAAUUGUUUGUUAGAUAGCUUGAGAUAACGGCCGAGGGUUUACGGUCGUUUCACUCACUAGUCGUACUUCUUGGGUCAGUUCCCUAACUGCUUUCACCUUAUCAGUGGCUAAAACCACGCGGUAUGUAAAUGCGUAUCGCACUUGUUUGUAUCAUGGCUGAGAGAACGAAGCAUAUACAUGCGCAGCGCUCGUUUCGCUUCUUAGCGGAACGACAUAAGACGUUAGCAGACGGAACGUUAGCGAAACGACCGUUCACCCGGCCGAGAUUUCGCCAUGCCACCACCGGUUUCCCCUCCUAAUGCCCUCGCUAUUUGUUAGAGUGCCCUUGCCGUUUUGUUAAUAGUAAUUACGUUAUUUAUUUUUCAGUAAAACAGUUCAACAACAAGCCAAGAAACAGAAGGUCGCGAAAAAGAAGAAAGGCGAGGAAGGAUACGACCCUUAUGACUUUGAUGACGAUGAGGGAGAACAAGAAUCUAUAGGUAAAUGAUUUGCUUCUUCUCAAUAACAGUUUCAUCUUUUGAACGUAGCUUGUGCUUACUUUUCGUUACUUCUAAGACUUGUAAGAAAAUAAUAAACUGCGAGCAGUCUCUUUUUUUCUUUAGAUUUUGCGAGGGGAAUGCACGCGAGGGCGAGUGUCCCGCUUAGCUUGGAUUGGAAAUGGUGAAUGUCGAAUGAAUUAAGUCAUUUUGAACUGCGGAUAAAGAUAUGAAAGUGAACGUGAUUUUUGCAGUAGAAUGAACAACCUAAGCGAUUGAAAAAGAACCUGAAAAUUCUCGGGCUUGACCGGGAAUCGAACCUUGACCUUGCGAUUGACCAAAAGCCGCACUCUAUCCAUUGAGGUAAUCAAGCCAACUGGAAAGCAGGCUAUUGUGAGUUGGUAAUAUACCCGAUGGUGGAAAGGACAUGAUAUCUUUGAAAUAUUUGUUGAAUGGUUCGUGCCGUAAGUUCCCGUAUGUACACCCUGCAAACAGACCCUUUUGUUGUCUUCUUGAUCGAUGAGGCUUCGUCGCUCGCGAAGAGACUUCGUUGCUCGCUCGGUCGCUGCGCGACCUCAUGCAUUGAAACUCGCUUCGCUCACUUUUAAGAAUUUAUGAGAGGUCGACUUGUAGCAAGUUUAGGGGAAAAGAGGCUCUGCCUGAAUCAGCCCAAACUUCUGGACUAGUCAAUCUUGUUUUCUCCCGUGUGUACCAGGGGGUCACAUGAUUAUUAUUGUUUUGUUUCCUAAGAUGUGGUUGAAGAAAUGAAGCGGCGUCGAUCGACCAAGACAAGUGACGCAGAGGAGCCCAUGGACACAAGUGAAGAUAAAACACCUGUCACUUUAUCGACCGAAAGGUAUCAUAUGACUUCUCCUUACUGA